AUGCGUUCCGAUAAUCUACCUGCUCUGGACCUGGCAAAGCAACACGAGAAAGACUACCCAACGCCACCAGCAUCCGGCGCAUACGAAUCCUCACCAGGAACAUAUAUGCGACAUCUCCUCAUGCCCAAAGUUGUUACGCUAGGGGCGUGCCAUCGCGACGUGGUUGAGAUACUCCGCGAAGCAGGAGUCUUACGCACCGAGCUUCCAGGCCCUGAUGCCGAGCUGAACAAGUUCUUGUUCAAGCUUUCUGAUCUUCCAGAGACCCGAGAGCUACCCAAGGGAUUACGGUGGGGUGAGAUGCGCGAGCAGGAUAUCGAUGUCGUCAAAGCCAGGACGUCGAUUCCAAGGACGACGAAGACACUCAUGUCACUAAAGAGUGUGGGUGUUUUUGAAGAAGAGACAGACACAGCAGUAGCGUGGACAUUCCUCGGGUUAGACGGUUCUCUUGUUACGUUACAUACAGAAGAAGCAUAUCGAGGAAAGGGGAUAGCAAAGGCCGUUGCAGCGAAGCUGUUUCGACAAUAUGCCCCAGGAUUAGCAGUAGACGACGACGGGAAUGCAUGGUCACACGCGGACGUAUACUUGGGCAAUGCGCAAAGUGAGAGUGUCUGUCGAAGCUUAGGAGGUAAGCCGCUCUGGAGGUGCUUUUGGGUGCGGAUAGACCUAGAAAGGGUGGGUCAUCCUGCAAAGGCUGUCUGA